UACUGCCCCCACAACCUAGCACCAUGCCUCAUAUGGAAAGGCUGACAUUUAACAGCCCAGUGAGAGCCCUGAGAGUGGAGUGACUGUAAAAGGCCUAAAGCAAGAGUCAGGAGGAGGCAGGCCAGGAGCUGAGGAAGAAGGGUGGUUUAGCAGGAUAAGGAGGUUGGAAACGGGCAAAGAUAGUGCAGCUGGGGGAGUAAGUUUGGGUCACCUCUGCUGAGUGCAGGCCAAAAAGGCCAGGGAACAUCCGUGCUGAAGAAGGUGGGCUGGGGAGGAUUGGGGCCAGAGCUAGGGGAGGGAUGAAAAGGAAAGCAGUACCAGGGUCAGGACUCAGCAGCAUACUCCUACUCCCCUCCCAUUUCCCCGGAGGCAGGCUGUCACACACUUGCCUGGACCUGUUAGUGAUGGGAAGGAGUAGGGUGAGGGAGGGGCCACAGGAAGGCGCAAGAUGAGCCCAUUUUGUCCCUCCUGGUUCACGCCUCAUGCUCUGCAAAUGUGACAGGCACAGGAUAGGAGUAGGCAUCUCGCACACUGCUGCUUCACCUUUCAGCGUCACUAGGCCUCUCAGAGGACCCUAACCCAGUGUUUCCAGCUGAGCCAAGAAGGAUGUCGGUCUGCUACCGCCCCCCGGGGAAUGAGACGCUGCUGAGCUGGAAGGCCUCACGGGCCACAGGCACGGCCUUCCUCCUGCUGGCGGCGCUGCUGGGGCUGCCGGGCAAUGGCUUCGUAGUGUGGAGUUUGGCGGGCUGGCGGCCCGCACGGGGUCGGCCACUGGCGGCCACGCUCGUGCUGCACUUGGCGCUGGCCGAUGGCGCGGUGCUGCUGCUCACGCCCCUCUUUGUGGUCUUCCUGAUGGGGCAGGCCUGGCCCCUGGGCCAGGCGGGCUGCAAGGCGGUGUACUACGUGUGCGCGCUCAGCAUGUACGCCAGCGUGUUGCUCACGGUCCUGCUCAGCCUGCAGCGCUGUCUCGCUGUCACCCGCCCCUUUCUGGCGCCCCGGCUGCGCAACCCGGCCCUGGCCCGCCGCCUCCUGCUGGCCGUCUGGCUGGCUGCGCUAUUGCUGGCCAUCCCAGCCGCUGUCUACCGCCACCUGUGGAGAGACCGCGUAUGCCAGCUGUGCCACCCGUCGCCGACCCACGCCGCCGCCCACCUGGGCCUGGAGACGCUGACUGCCUUCGUGAUUCCUUUUGGGCUGAUGCUAGGCUGCUACAGUGUGACGCUGGCGCGGCUACGGGGCGCCCGCUGGGGCUCUGGGCGGCACGGGACGCGGGCAGGACGGUUGGUGAGCGCCAUCGUGCUCGCCUUCGGCUUGCUCUGGGCCCCCUACCACGCCGUCAACCUUCUGCAGGCGGCAGCCGCUCUCGCCCCACCGGAAGGGGCCUUGGCGAGGCUUGGAGGGGCGGGCCAGGCGGCGCGGGCAGGAACCACGGCCUUGGCCUUCUUUAGUUCCAGCGUCAACCCGGUGCUUUACGUCUUCACUGCGGGGGAUCUGCUGCCCCGGGCUGGCCCCCGUUUCCUUACACGGCUUUUUGAGGGCUCCGGGGAGGCCCGAGGGGGCGGUCGUUCUAGGGAGGGAACCAUGGAACUCCGAACUACUCCUCAGCUAAAAGUGGUAGGGCUGGGCCGGGGCAAUGGAGAUCCUGGUGGGGGUAUAGAGAGGGACAGUCAGGAAUGGGACCCUUAAAACUGAGCCCUACAACUGGGUCUGUUCCUCCCUACCCCUUAGGUUGAGUAUUUGAGGAACUUUCUCUGACUACAGUUUUGAUCUGGCUGGGUAGGGUUGUUACACACCUGGGAAGGCCAAGUUCCUCCAGCCUGAGGGAUUAUGAGGGCUGUGAUGGGCCAUGUUAACUGACUGUAGUGUGCUUGAAGAUUGGCAUGUACCCAUGUGCCAAGGCUGCGCACUUGUUGCCAAUAACUAUUAUUGUGAAAUACACCAGGAAGCCAUAGAUGAUGGCUUAAGUGUG